GGCCCAAACGCACUGUCUCUCUCACCGCCACUCACCAUUUUCUCUUUUCACUCUCAAAUCUUCUCCUCUCACCUAGGGUUCCAUUACCCUAUACAUCCAGAGAACCCCUCCAUACUCUACAUCUACACCUACUCAGAUUAUCGAAACCUCCCUAUAACUCCACAAAGCUCUCCAAAUUUGGAGGAUUUCACACUAUGCCGCGUCAACGGGACUACGACGAUGGCGAUGUGGAACCGGAGGAGGAAGAAGAGGACGUGUACGAAGAGGAGGAAGAAGAAGAUGAUCAUAGAGGAAAGAGUGGACGCAAACGGCGUAGAUCGGAUUUUAUUGAUGACGUGGCGGAGGAAGAUGAUGAUGAAGAGGAAGACGAUGAUGAUGAGGAUUAUGGUGGCGGCGGCGGCGGCGGCAGACGACGCCCUAAAAGGAGGACUGGUUCAGAAUUUUUUGAUCUCGAAGCUGCUGUAGAUAGUGAUGAGGACGAGGAGGAAGAAGAAGGCGAAGACGAUUUCAUAGUAGAUGGGGGAGCGGAGAUACCUGACGAGGAUGGUGCCAGACGUGAAUAUCGUCACCGGAUGUUGCCACAUGAUGACCAAGAAGAAGACCUUGAGGAGCUUACGAGAAGCAUUCAGCAAAGAUAUGCGAGGUCAGCUCAUGUGGAGUAUGAUGAGGAAGCAACAGAUGUUGAGCAGCAAGCUCUCUUGCCAUCUGUCAGGGAUCCUAAGCUGUGGAUAGUGAAAUGUGGGGUAUGGUAUUGGUUAUCUUUUAUUUUAUUUNAAAAGGCAUUUAUUCCUCCGCCACGCUUUAUGAAUAUUGAUGAAGCUAGAGAAAUGAAUAUACGUGUAGAGCGUAAGCGACACCAGUCAGGUGACUAUUUUGAGAAUAUCGGAGGUAUGCUGUUCAAAGAUGGUUUCUUAUAUAAGACAGUAGCUAUGAAAUCAAUCAGCACCAUGAACGUACAGCCAAGUUUUGAUGAACUUGAGAAGUUUCGCCAACCUGGUGAGGGUGGGGAUGGUGAUAUGGCUAGUCUAUCUACUUUGUUUUCCAAUAGAAAGAAAGGUCAUUUUAUGAAGGGUGACCGCGUUAUUGUGGUGAAGGGGGAUCUCAAGAACUUGAAAGGAUGUGUUGAGAAAGUUGAGGAAAAUACUGUUCAUAUCAGACCAAGUGUGAAAGAACUUCAGGACACUCUGGCUGUUAGUGACAAAGAGCUCUGCAAGUACUUUGAGCCCGGAAAUCACGUGAAAGUAAUAUCUGGUUCAUCUGAAGGUGCAACCGGUAUGGUUGUUUCUGUUGAGGGGCAUGUGGUAAACUUGGUAUCAGAUACAACCAAGGAGCUUCUCCGUGUAUUUGCUGAUAAUGUUGUUGAGAGCUCUGAAGUAACAUCUGGUCUCACUCGUAUUGGGGAGUAUGAGCUCCAUGACCUUGUAAUACUAGACAAUAAGAGUUUUGGUGUGAUUAUACGUGUAGAUAGUGAAGCCUUCCAGGUCCUUAAGGGAGUACCUGAUAGACCUGAGGUAGCACUUGUUAGACUUAGAGAGAUCAAAGGGAAAAUUGAGAAGAAAGGGAAUGCCCAAGAUCGGUUUAAGAACCAGUUAGCGGUGAAAGACGUGGUAAAAGUUCUUGAGGGUCCAUGCAAAGGAAAACAAGGUCCUGUAGAACACAUCUUCAGAGGAAUUGUUUUUAUUUAUGAUCGCCAUCACCUUGAGCAUGCUGGUUAUAUUUGUGCCAAAACACAAUCUUGUGUGUUGAUUGGUGGCUCGCGGGCAAAUGGUGAUCGAAAUGGUAACCCCUUCUCAUCAAGAUUUGCGAAUCUCAGAACUCCACCACGUGCUCCUCAAUCUCCCACAAGAUCUUUUAGAGGUGGCCCACCUAUGAGCUAUGGAAGAGGGCAUAGAGGUGGAAGAGGGCAUGAUGCUUUAAUUGGAGCUGAUGUGAAAAUUCGUCUUGGGCCAUUUAAAGGUUGCAAGGGGCGUGUUAAAGAUAUUAAAGGAACUUCAGUCCGUGUUGAACUGGAAGCCCAGAUGAAAGUUGUUACAGUUGAUCGCAAUCAUAUUGCGGAUAAUGUGAACGUGACAACACCAUUCCGGGAACCAUCUAGAUAUGGUUUGGGAAGUGAAACACCAUCACAUCCUUCAAGGACUCCACUCCACCCAUUUAUGACACCUAUGAGAGAUCCUGGAGCAACACCUAUCCAUGAUGGCAUGAGGACGCCAAUGCGUGACAGAGCAUGGAAUUCAAUGAGUCCGCCUAGGGACAAUUGGGAAGAGGGAAACCCUGCUUCCUGGGGGUCAAGUCCACAAUAUCAGCCGUCUAGCCCUCGUUCAAGGGCUUAUGAAGCACCUACUCCUGGUUCUGGUUGGACCAACACUCCCAGCGGUAAUUACAGUGAUGCUGGGACCCCAAGAGACAACGGUUCUGCAUAUGCUAAUGCUCCAAGUCCUUACUUGCCGUCAACUCCUGGUGGACAACCACCAAUGACACCGAGCUCAGCAUAUAUACCUGGUACUCCUGGCGGGCAGCCAAUGACUCCUGGAAGUGGUGGGCUGGAUAUGAUGUCACCUGUAGGAGGUGGGGAUACCGAAGGUCCUUGGCUCUUGCCUGAUAUCUUGGUCAAUGUACGGAAGUCCAAUGAUGAUACUGUCACUGGAGUUGUCCAUGACGUGCUAGCGGAUGGUUCUUGUAGCGUUGGUCUUGGAUCGAGCGGCAAUGGUGACACUAUCAUUGUACACCCAACUGAAAUUGAGAUAGUUGUACCAAAGAAGUCGGAUAAGAUCAAGAUCAUGGGUGGUCCCCAACGUGGUGCUACUGGUAAGCUUAUUGGUGUUGAUGGCACUGACGGGAUUGUAAAGGUUGAUGAUACUCUUGAUGUUAAAAUUUUAGACAUGGUACUUUUGGCGAAGUUAGCGCAUGCAUAGGGACUAUUCAAUUCUAGUUAGCGAGCACAUUGUGGUCAAUAGCAAUAGUUUGCAUUUGUAUUAUAUUUUUCAUGUUAUGCUAAUCAUGAGUUCAAGGCUCAAUCUUUAUGUGUAAAUCUUUCCUUCAGAGUUACUGUCCUUUCAAUUUGGUCUGUUAUGUAUGAAAGGACGAUAUAAAUGCAUUUCAAAAGAAAAAAAUGUUUAAAAGGACA